AUGGCGAUGGCUCCGUUCGUUCCUGCAAAUGCGCCUGCGCCAGCAGAGCAUGGCACGUACGCGCUGGUUGGGCUGGCUAUCAUCGGAGCCGCGACUUUAUACUGGUUUACCUGGGCCAAGGUGCUUCCCUAUCUGGGCGGCCAUCGAUUGCGCGAGCGGGAUGGUGUUUUUUCAGAUGGCACCUCUUACAAGGAGAUUGUCCGGUUUGUGUUCAAUCUAUAUACGGGUUCUAUCUACAAGAAGACCCCCCAAUAA